AUGUAGAUAGAGAGAGAGAGAGAGGUUCUCUUGCAUUCCUCUCAAGACUCUUCGGUACCCCACUCCCAGCUGCCGUAGGCGGCUUUUCUCCCUACGGUCUCUCACCAACCCAAGCAGAGGAACGAAGAUGGUCUUUUGAAAAGGAAGAGUGAGAGGGACGAAACAGAGCAGCAUGGAAGAGAGGGAGAGCGUUGUGGUGUCAGGGUGUGAAGGAGGAGGAGGAGGAGCAGGCGAAGCGAAGGAGUAUUCUGUCUCUUCGGCUGCACCCUUGUCGCCGACUCGGUCUCUGCCACCGGCACUUUCCAGCGGGGUUGUUGGCGCCAUGGGGAUCACCGUUCCGCCUACGGAAGGAGCUGGCUUGGCCAUGGGGAUGUUGGGGAGUGGCGGCAGCAGCGGUGGCGAGGGUGAUCUUUUCGCCAGGAAGAAGAGAGGGAGGCCCAGGAAGUACGGGCCGGACGGCAUGGCACUGGCCUUGUCGCCGACCUCCGGCUCCGCCUCUCCUUUCUCUCCUGCUUCUUCCGACGGGAAACGGGGUAGAGGGCGACCACCCGGCUCCGGCAAACGCCAGCUCCUUGAGGCUCUCGGAGAUUGGUUUGCACACUCAGCUGGAGGGAGUUUCACACCGCAUGUUGUGACCAUUGCCACAGGGGAGGAUGUUGCUGCAAAAAUACACUCCUUCUCCCAAAAGGGUCCUCGGGCUAUUUGCAUACUAUCAGCAAAUGGGGUCAUCUCCAAUGUUACUUUGCGGCAGCCAGGUUCUUCUGGUGGUACCCUGACUUAUGAGGGCCGAUUUGAGAUUCUGUCUCUGUCUGGGUCCUUCACAAUUACAGAAACUGGUGGUAUACGGAGUAGAACUGGUGGUAUAAGCGUGUCGCUUGCUGGUCCUGACGGCCGUGUUAUUGGUGGUGGAGUCACUGGAUUGUUGCUUGCCGCCAGUCCAAUUCAAGUGGUGGUCGGAAGCUUCAUGCCGAACACUUUCAAGGAGCAAAAGCCAAAACCUAGCCAGCAAGCAGAUUUUUCAGCAUUCCCGGAGACAAGUGGUUUGUUAACAGCUGCAAGACCCAUUUCACAGUCAAACCCUGAAGAUGACUGUGAGACCUCAACCUCAUCCUUACCUGGACAAUCUCAUGCUGAAAAUAGCUUAUGCAACCCCACUCCAACCUCUACUCUUCACGCUGCCGGUUGGCAGGGUCUGCAGUCUUCGGAGCACAAACCUUCUCCAGACAUAAACAUAUGCUUACAUGGGGAGCAGCAUCAGGGUACUUAUCUCUAAACCCUAACACUAUCACACUGUUCUAACACGCAUAGCGAUAUUCUUGCUAAAUGUUAGGUUAGGGAUAGUUUAGGAGUCUGACUGGACUUGUUGAUCAAAUGGCAUCCUGUAAUUGCUCUGAAGAUAGUGUCCCACAGCCGUCUGGGUUUCGGUAGUUGGUGUUUCUAUUAUCAACUUAGUCGUUGUCGUCAUCAUCGUCUCCUUCUUUCUCUUGUUGGAACCUGAAUUUAUGUAGGGUGUUUCUAUUGUGGCAGGGCCUCUGUAUCUCCAACUGAAUUCAUGAUGACUUCUAAUGCUUAAAAUUAACUUGAUUCUGUGAUGU